GGCCCGGCGGACUGACCCGCGGGCGCGCCGACCGCCGGCCACGAAGCGACUGCCACGUCAGGGCAACUUCACAAAACCCAGGCGAGGGCGGGUGACGCAGGCCAGGCGGCCGCGGCGGGCUUGGGCUCGCGGCCAGACGAGGAGGGUGACCUGCAGCCCGGGCCCCCGCUUCAGCGACACCCCGGCCGGCGCCGGCGCCUGCCCAGCCCUCAGGGAGGCGGGGGAGAAGCGGAGGAGGCGGCGCCACCGCGAAGCCUGCGCCUCACCCGCAGCCUCCCGUCCCUCCCGCAAUCCCAGCCAGGGCUGGGCGGUUUCCGCGGAGGCUCCUCUGCCGGGCUCGGUCGGCCCGAGCUGCGCUCAGACCCGGGCGGCGGCGGCGCGGAAAGGAGGCGGCGGCGGGCCGGGAGGCCGGAGCCGGGCCAGCGACCCGCCAUGGAGACCCGCUACAACCUGAAGAGUCCGGCUGUUAAACGUUUAAUGAAAGAAGCAGCAGAAUUGAAAGAUCCAACAGAUCAUUACCAUGCACAGCCUUUAGAGGAUAACCUUUUUGAAUGGCACUUCACAGUUAGAGGGCCCCCAGAUUCUGAUUUUGAUGGAGGAGUGUAUCAUGGACGAAUAGUACUACCACCAGAGUAUCCCAUGAAACCACCAAGCAUUAUUCUCCUAACGGCAAAUGGACGAUUUGAAGUAGGCAAGAAAAUCUGUUUGAGCAUCUCAGGACAUCAUCCUGAAACUUGGCAGCCUUCAUGGAGUAUAAGAACAGCAUUAUUAGCCAUCAUUGGGUUUAUGCCAACAAAAGGAGAGGGAGCCAUAGGUUCUCUAGAUUACACACCUGAGGAAAGAAGAGCGCUUGCCAAAAAAUCACAAGAUUUCUGUUGUGACGGAUGUGGCUUUGCCAUGAAGGAUGUCCUGUUGCCUUUAAAAUCUGGAAGCGAUUCAAGCCAGGCUGACCAAGAAGCCAAGGAACUGGCUAGACAAAUCAGUUUUAAGGCAGAAGUCAGUUCAUCUGGAAAGACUAUCGCUGAGUCGGACGUAAACCACUCUUUUUCUCUAAAUGAUUUACAGGAUGAUAUACCUACAACAUUCCAGGGUGCUACAGCAAGUACAUCGUAUGGAGUUCAGAACCCCACAACAGCACCCCUUCAGCAACCUGCCCAGCCUGUAGCUAAGAAUACCUCCAUGAGCCCUCGACAGCGCCGGGCCCAGCAGCAGAGUCAGAGAAGGUCGUCUGUGUCACCAGAUGUAAUCCAGGCCCAGCAGCCAAGAGACAACCACACUGAUCAUGGUGGAUCCGCUGUGUUGAUUGUCAUCUUGACUUUGGCAUUGGCAGCUCUUAUAUUCCGACGAAUAUAUCUAGCCAAUGAGUACAUAUUUGACUUUGAGUUGUAAUACUGUUUUGUGUCUUAAGAGCUGUGACUCAACUGCUUCAUUAAACAUUCUGCAUUGGGUAUAAUCUAAGAAUUGUUUACAAAAAAGAUUAUUUUGUAUUUAUCCUUCAUUCCUUUUUUGAUCCUUAUAAAUUCAGUAUAAAUAUAGCUAGACAUUCAGACUCUGUCUUGCUUAGUUUUAGAGACUGGAAGUCAGAAGUCCCUUGUCUCUACAUGACCUGCUUUACAGGGAGAUAACUUAUUGUUUUUCAUGCCUCAGCUUCUUUUUAUGUAAAUUUAUGAUACUUUUCUGUAUAGCCCUUGAAAAGAUGGUGUUUUAAGUUCCAUUGAGUAUUACUAGUUACUCAAUGCCAUUUAUCGAGUACUCUGCUUCUACUUAUGUAGAAUGAUACAGGGAUUAGAGUUGAAAGGGGAAAAUAAAACCCCUCAAAUAGGUCGCUUAAAAUGGAUUCAUAUGAGACAUACUGGGAUUGCCCAAUUUAUGGCUGACUUUGUGUCCUAAACAUUCUUCAGUGAAAGUAACUAUUUCGGUCUAACAUUUCCAGGGAAAUGAGAUUACAUCUGUAUUAUUGGAUGUUACUUGAAAAGGGAAUGAUGCUUUGUAACCACUUUGAUAUGCUGUUAUCCCCUUCUCUACAGUUCACACGCAAGAUUUAAAAAAGAAAGAGGGAAAACAGUCCUCCAUAGAUCUGUGUUUUAAGGAAGGAAGCAUCCGAGCCAGGAAGUCACUUGAUUUUCUUCCAGGAGUUAAAUAGGAGGAUCUUAAGAUUUGAAUGUUUGCUCAGCUUUGAAUUGUAUAUCUUUUGAGAUGUAUUAUAUGCCUUGCUUUAUAAUUAUAAAUUUAAUUAUUCCAGGAAUGUGCAUAAUAUUGAAAUAUUUCAUGUACCAUUUUAAUAGAAAACUCAGGGCCCAAGGAACAGUAAUAGAAAUUAGAAAAGCCUCCCUUAGGAUUGUCCACCUAAUCAAAGCCCAAGAGGGAAUUUUCAGUGCAAAAUCAAUAUAUAACUUAGUGCUAGCUAGCUCCACAGACUAGUAGAUAAUUUUAUUAUCAUAAGUAAUGCCUGGUGAGAACAUAUAAUCACAGAGAAAUACUGUCUUCAGCAUGUUCAGUAGCAGCAUUGAGGGCACUCUUGAGAGUACUGUUAAUGAAAAUUUCAUUUUUAAAUACAGGCAAUCCCCAGCUUUCAAACAGGUUAUGCUCUAAAAGUGCAUUUGUAAGUUAAUUUUUUUUUACAACCCAGUGUUGUAAAAUGGUCUUUAGGUUCUAGACAAGGCCACAAAAGUUAGUCCAUGAUGUAUCUUGAAUAAUUUGGGGGAUAUUAUUUAUAAAGUCCUUAUGUGGUUUUAACUAACUGAAAUUAUGGGCAAGACAGAGGCAAUUUGUAAAAUGAUUUUAAAGGCAAAUUUAAUUUUUACUCCUGCUAUGAUAGGACUUUGGUUCUGUUAAUUAUCAGACACAAUUUCUAUUUUCAUUUGAUAGCCAGUUUAUGUCUGCAUCUAAAAUAAGAACAUAUUGUAUACUAUUAAAUAAUACCUGGUUUUAUUAAAUUUUAAUAAAUUAGCAUUUUAAAAGUGUUUACAGAUUGUUUCUGUUAUAUCUACAGCUGAGGUUGGUAAAGUCUAAAAAGCUCAAGGACUUUAUGAUGACCUCAUGUGUCAGGAAAAUUACAAGUUACCAUUUUAUAACUUUAUUGCCAUGAGAAAAUACAUUCUGAAGUCUUGGUUUGGAAUGUAAGAUAUUUAGAAAUAUUGGUUCAGUGGUCGGUGGUCUCCUAGCAAAAGGUCACCAACUCACCUGGGGAGACCAGGUAAUGUUAUUACCUGAGAAAAAGGAAAUCCCUUCUGUGCUGAGAUUAAUCGUGUGCUUGGAACAAUCUUCCCUCCUUUUCCUCUCAGUCACGCUGAGCCAGCUUCUUGAUUGAUGUGAUCUUGUUACCUGUUUCCAUAGGAUGCACCUAUACUUUAAAACUGAUCAAGCCAAGAAGAUUUUGCAUUGUACAGACCCUCCUCUGAGUUGCCUCUCUUCCCUCACCCAUCAGCGGCUGGGCCAUCUUCUUGUUUGUUGAGCACCUGAUACAUGUAUCUGAAAGUGGCAUAUCUUUUUUGUUCCUCCCUUUUCAGCUCCUGUUGCUCCCUAAAAAUCCUUAAGUUGUUUAUCUGACCCCCCAUUGUUGAGUUAAUGAGCAAAAGUGGUCUUUGGCAUUUUUACUCAUCCCACUUGAAGGGUCUCUUCAGAAAACUAUUAUUUUUCAAGCCCCACUUUAACCCCUUAUUUACAGCAUGAGGCUGACACCAGAUGUGGGAUCCGGCAGGUAAAGGCUUAGAGCUCCUUCCCCCAAUCCUCACAUUUAGGUAACUCAUGGCUUCUUCUUUGACCAACAUAGCACAUAAAGACAUAUCAAGGUAGUUAAAAUAGCAUGCUUGGAAAAACACAUAAUGUCUGUUUCACGUGUAACUGUCUAAGCAAAUGGAACUUCAAAUUUUAUGUAUCAUGGGGCUUUUAAUGUAGCACUUUACAUUUUCAUGCUGCUUAUUGUUUUAUUCUACUGAAAUAAAUGAAUUCCUGCAAAAUUCUCAACUAAUUUUUUAAAAAAACUUCUAAAAAUUAUUAUUUUGAUUAUGAAAACAUAAAAUUUCCUGUUUUGGGAGAAUAAGAAAUCUUUUUGUUACUUUUGGCUAUGAAUAACUUUCUGGUACCUUGCAACCUCCCAUUUUUAUAGAGCAGAAUCAGUAAACAAGCAAACCUCACACAAUUGGACUUGUGCAGAAACCUAGGCUGAAGUAUUGAAAGGCCUCUAUUGUUUUAUUACUUGCAAAGAAGUAAUGAAAGGUGAAUGCAUUUAGUGAACCUGACUCUUAACAAAGAAUAAUGUGUACAUUAAGGCGUACUAUUACAGCCUUUGUGGGAGGCUGUAAAUACUCAAAAGCUGUUUGGAAUGCCUCUUUUUAACAGUUGCCUUCAGAACUAGUUUGAGCUGCUCAAUAAAACCCAUGACUUUAUUUGUA